AUGUUGAAAAGAGAUAGAAAAACUAGAAAGAAAGAGGAAGAGGUCAUGGAAGAGAUCGUCAUUGAUUUCUCAGUCCCCACAACAAACUAUAAGAGACUAAAGAAAAUAAAAGAGUAUGAGAGUGAGGAGGAGGACUCUGUAGGGGAAGAAGAUAGUUUUAGUGAAGAUAUUGAUAGUGAAGAGGAGGACAUUAGAAAGGCAACCCAACUUUCUCUCAAAGAUAGGUUGACGGGAGAGGAGUAUGAUUUCACAUCCACCAGUGUCUCCUCUACCAUCACACCAACUUCCACAAAUUCCACAUACAAAUUGUCAAAUAACAAAGCAACUGGAACCAAUUUGUCAACUUUAACAAAGAACAAGAGAAAUAUUGAUAUGGAGAGUGAGGAGCAGGAAUUGGAUUUUUCUUUCCCCAAAACAAGCCAUGGAAGUUUCAAAAAAGUAGAAGAUGAUGAUGUAAUCGAUUCAUCCACCACAUCCACUUCUACAACUAGAGUCCCCACACUCUCCACAUUCUCCACUCCCACCACUCCAACAAUUUCCACCACAGCCAACAUUACUAGAUACACUACGGAUCAAGAGUUCAAAAAACUUGUUGAUCUUGUCCUUGGAUGGGAGGUAACCAGAAGUUUAUCCAAGGAUAAAGUCAUCACAAUGAUGAUAAUUCUACUUGAUGGUGAUCCCAGAAUCUAUAAAAAGAAGGGGACAUUAAUAUUGAGAGAUCCAGUUUUGAUUAAAAAAGUCCACCCCAUAUUCAAAAGAGAUAAAGAUAUUAAUAUAAUAUUUUCAAAGGUUGCUAAAGCCAUCAGCCAAAAGCAAGGAUAUGAGAGAGUAGAGUUGGAGGAUUGCACAAGAUAUAUAAAUAGUGGUGCUCCAAAGUCAACGAUGGAAGAAUUGAUAACCUCCAUUUUAAAUUUGGAUCUGCUCUCACCAAUGAUCUUUUCAAGAAAAUCAAUUGGUAUCUUGGUUGAUACUAUUAUCACAGCUUAUAAUAGUAAUCAAAAAGUCAAUUAUCCCCAACUUAGUGAUGAUAUUGGAUUUGAUAAGAUGGAUAACCCUUUAAAUACUAGACUCGAAGAUAUAGCUCAUUAUGUUAGAGCAAAGUUGGUGAGUCAUCGUCAUAUUGCUCCUAGUUAUGCCUCUCUCGACACUGUGUUUGCAAAGAUUUGCGAUGCGGUUAGUACAGAAGAUAAAAACAUUGGAUCAAGUUUUAAUUUGUUAGAUAGGGAAAUGGAAAGUAAGUUGUUUAAAUCAAAGUCAACAAAAAAUGUCAACAUUGACACUCUUGAAAAGUUGAGAUUGGCCAUCAAAAUAGUGGAGGCAAGAAUCUCGAGGCCACCAUCAAAAAGUACAAAAGAGAGAUUGGCGAUGUUGACUUUACAAAAUUUUUUAGCAAUUUCACCAGGUUCAUCCAACUUAAUUUGGAGAUUUAUAAUAGAAUUGUCCAUGGGUAUUCAAAUGGUUGGACAGAAGAUCAACUUGAUUUAA